AGAUGCGCGCCACGCCCAUCGCAGCUGCUCUCGCGGUGCUGGCGCUGUGUCUGCCGGCGGCGCCCGCUCGCCAGUACGCGGUCAGCGACGACGCGUCCGCCUCGCAGGACGACGGCGCUCCGCCACCUGCUGCGGCGCGCCCCGACUACUCUCACUACUUCGCUUCCGCCGCGGCGCCGGCCCCUGGCCUGGCCGUGCUCGCGCCAGCCGACCCCCAGCAAAAGGACGCCGCCGCCGACUCUGCGGGCUUCGUGCGGCCGCUGGACUUCUCGGCGCUGUUUGCCGCCGCCUCCGACGCCGCCCCCGGCUCUGCCGCGCUGCUGCAGCUGCAGCCGCGGGGACUGGGACUUGCCAGCCCCGGCGCCCACAUCUUCGGCCUCCAGGAUGCCACCGGCGCCGCCUCCAACAGCAACGGCACCGCCGGCUUCACUAGCGACCAGGUCCGCUUCCCGUCGCUGUUCGACGCUGCGGGCUCCGCGUCGGAGGCGGGCUUCCGCCCUCAGGACUUCCUAGCGCCAGCAGCCGCCCCCGGGGGAGGCGCGCAGCCUCUGGCCGCCGCCUCGCCCUCGCAGGACGCGUACUCGCCGUCGCUGGCUAAGCUGCAGCGCGACUACAGCCUGCGGCCCACGCACUACGACGCCGCCAUCCGCGCCGCCGCAGCCGCCUCCGCCCCCGCCUCGGCCCCCGCCGCCGCCCCCGCCACGGGCUCUGUGCAGCGGCCGGCGGCGCUGCUGCUGGAAGAGCGGCCCAAGCCGUACACCGGCUACCGAGCCGCCCCCGCCGCCACCGGCGCGGCAGCCGCCGCCUCCGGUGACGCGGCUGGAACGGGCCUGCGCGCCGCCGCCGUGGAGCUGCUGCCCGGAGCUCCGGUCGCCUUAGCGCAAACCCGCCCCAGGCCGUACGUGGGAUACCGCGCCGCCCCCGAGGUGGAAGGCAUCGUCGCUGCAGCCCCGUCUGGCAACUACUACAGACCCGCCCAAGCCACCAAGCGGGAGCAGCCGCAGUACUACAGCGGCAGCAGCUACGAGGCUGCGCGCGCCCCUGGCGGCGACCCGGCGGACUACGAGGGCCUGGCCAGCUUCAAGGCGUCCAUCGUGCCCUACCAGAAGCCGUCCAAGGCGGAGGCGGAGGCCAGCGAGCCGCGCCCCGGCAAGUCCUCCUACCCCGGCACGCCCACCGCCGGCUACAACGGAAAGUACCUCAAGCCUGAGAAAGCAGACGCGGGACGCUACCACGACGACGGCUACGAGACGGCGGCCGCAGCGGCUGACAAGGCCGUCGGAGGCUACAAGGGCAGCGACUACAAGGAGACUGCGUACGAAGAGGUGGCGGCUGUGGCCAAGGAGGGGAAAGCGGCCGCCGGCGGCGGCUCCGGAGAGGGCGGCAAGAAGUGCAAGAAGGUGGAGAAGAAGGUGACGGCGGACGACGUGGCGAGCGGCCGCUUCCGGCGGCAGGCGAUGACGUGCUUCGUGUGCGAGGACCCGGCCACCGGCGGCAACUACGAGGAGUGUUCGUACGGCGCGGAGCCCAAGCAGGAGGCCUACUUCGUGGGCAGCUCGCGCUCCUUCAAGGCUAAGCCCACCGAGACGUCGCUGCGCUACCGCCGCGAUCUCGACCCGGAGCUCGCCGCCAUGGAGACCGAGGCGCGCGUCUACCGGCAGGCCCCGUCCGACUACGAGCGUGAGCUCGACGCGUUCCUCAAGUCCGACACGUCUUCGGGCUACGCCUUCCGUCCGAGCAGCAGCGGCUACGGCCCCUCGGAGCGGCUGUCGGCCGCCGCCGACAGCGCCAACUGCCAGAAGGUGGUGAAGGACUCGAUGACGUGCCAGGUGUGCAAGGACCCCAAGACGGGCGGCUCGUCCGAGCAGUGCUCGUACUCGACCAAGCCGGAGGCGAACAACUACUUUGUGGAGAAGCAGUCGUCGUACAGCAGCGGCAGCAAGCAGCCCACGCGCUCCACCAGCUCCAGCUUCGACAGCCGCGGCGGAGCCAGCGAGCGCCGCGACACCAAGCUGCCCGGCAAGGACCUCACACAGGCGGCGAGCGCCGACCAGCCCAGCUCGGGGCUGAACCUGCCGGAGGUGAAGGGCCUGGACCCGUUCCUGUACGGCCAGGCCGACUCGUACGACCCGCAGGCGUCGUCGGACACGUCGUCGCGCUACCAGACCGACUACUACGCGCCCUACAAGAGCUACGAGGAGUACUUCCGCCACCUGUUCCCCGACCUGGGCGCCGCCGGCUCCGCCGCGCAGCCCAGCGCCAGCCAAGCCUCCGGUGACUACAGCAAGGGCGGCUCGCGGCCACAGUUCUACAGCGCGCCUUCGGCGGGAGCGGCGGUGGCGGCCGCGGCCGACCGCAAGGACCUGGACGCCGUGCUGGGCGAGUUCACACGCAAGGACCGCUCCGCCUGCAAGAAGGUGCAGCGCGACAAGAUGACAUGCUACCAGUGCGCCGACGCCACGGGCACCCAGCACGAGGAGUGCAUGUUCGUGGCCGCCUCCGAGCCCAAGAGCAAGCACCUCGCCUACCACGAGCACAAGCAGUUCAAGCUGCCCCCGCCGCCGGGCGUCGCCGUCGCGGCCGCAGGGAAGGACUCGAGCGGCGCUGCCUCCGCCGUCGACCAGCAGACCGACUCGGGACGAUCUAACGACACGACGACCGCCUCCCCGACCCCUGAGACCCCCACGACCUCGACCGAGGCUGCGGCCGCGGCCAAGAGCAAGCGCAAGACCUUCUUCAAGAAGGCGUCCUCCUCGUCGGUGGUCGCCAAGCCCACAGUGGCGGCCGAGCCGACCAAGGCCCGCAAGGUGCGCAUCACGCGCCGCUCCUCCAAGUCGACGCUGACGACGCUGACGACGACGCGCCAGACGCUGACGGCGCCGUCGGCGCUCGCCGACGACGCGGUGGCGGCCGGCUCGGAGCGUCGCGAAGCCGUCGCGGAGGCGGGUGAGGCGUCGGCGGAGGAGGAGCAGGAGCAGCGCGGCUUGGCCGCCGCCGCCGCCACCCCCGCCGCCUCCAAGGCCGAGCCGCCGCCCCCGGAGCUGUCGGAGGCGGACCGCAGCCCGGACGGGCUGUACAGCAGCGAGACGCGGCUCGUCUUCGACCCCGUGCUCAAGGUGACGCUACCGCGCUACAUGCUGACGCGCACCGAGCACGAGGACGUCUUCGACGAGGUGAUGGCGUCGGGGCGCUGAGCGGCGCCGCCCCCGACACCGACUCUGUCCGACGACGACGUGACUGAGGACCUGACACCCCUCCUACAAAAUGGGGCCAAUCUUUGACACUUGCGACGUAACUCGUCGACAGUGACUCUAAACACCCAGUAAUUCACAAAUUCCUUACAGAUCCAACACACUGAUUUUCGUCACUUACUGUUAGCCUCUUUCAAGUGUACAAUAAAUUUCCCCUAAUUGUCAUGCAUCAGUAGCUCUGUUAGGUGCAAUCAUGUCCUAGAAUGGGAUUUACAACACGAAACCUACCAUAACCAGGUCUCUUGUUUUACAGUCACUACACACCAAUUACAUAUGCACAAACACACACACCGAAAAGAACAUAUAGUCCAUUUCGAAAUUUCACAAGAAGUCUUUGGUGCACAAAUCUGAAAACUAUACUUAAUUAUUGGGGCCUCUCUCUGACUGUGGUUGUUGUAGAAGACUUAUCUUUAAGCAUCUCUCUCUUUUGGGGCCUGUUUUCCGUUGCCCGUUUCUCUCUCUCUUUCCUUCUCUCUCUCUCUCUCUCUCUCUCUCUCUCUCUCUCUCCCUCUCCCUCUCUCUCUCACUCACUCACUCACUCACUCUAUCCUCUUGCUCCUUCUUCCACUUCUCUCUCAGCUUGUCAGUUUCACAUCCUUCACCUCUGAUUCCUUCCCAAUGCCACUCUCAUGCCUGUCUCAAUUUCGUUGCACUCCCUCUAACUUUCUCUUUUAACUCUUCUCAUUUUCCUAUGUCUUUUCCCUGUUGCUAACUGCUUCUUCCCUCAUUCUUUAAGUUUGUUUGUAUUUUGGCAUACCAAAGUUGUAAGUGCUACAGCACCACUCUGCUUAAUUUGAUAGAAAACACAAAUGCAGACUGACAUAUGUGAAUAAUGUCCUUCAUUCUCCUCGCUGUGUGCGUUUCUGCUUGGUCUGCAAUCCCAAGAGUAUACUGCAACACAGGGCAUUCUGCGACAGUUUCAUAUAUUACUGAAGGGAAACCUGUCAUUAGCUCCUUCAUUUCCCUUGCUUUGUCCAUUUCUGUCCUGUCUCCAGAACCCAAAAACAUACUACAACGAAAGACACUAUAUGACAAUUAUAUAAUGUACCUAAAGAUUUUGUGGUAUUUGGGGAAUCAAAAUAGGUCUUCGAUAGAUGGGGUGAAAGUCAACCAACAGUAACCCUGGAGCAACGAAAACGAAACGAAGUAGAUCUCAUACUAACACUCUACGUAAUCUGGUGAUCUUAUUCUAACACACACACACACAUAUAAUUAUCAAGCAAACACUUACCCUGAUUGCUCCACCUCGCACACGCGAGGCACUGAUAGACUGGAAGAGAGCUCGACGCUGUGAAAACUUUCUAUGCUGGUGUCGGAGUGCUGCCAUUAAGAGGAGAUGCGGCGUGGUUGACCGCUCACGUGCUUACAACCCUGUUUCAGAGCGCCUGCCCGGAGACCACACCGGUCGGUGGGUCACUGACCUAGGGACCAGCACAGCGCCGCGCCGCUUCUCCACUCGUGCACCACUGUACAUCUCACUCGUCUCUUCAUCAAACUUUCUUGUUAUUUGUUGUUAUUCUCUAUUUACGAGAAAUGUUACAAAAAUAAAAAUAACUGUAAAAACUAA